GGCGUGUGUUGCAGCUCGUCAUCCCACUGCGAGCUAAUAGCUUAGCUUAGUACUUACGGGUUCAAGAAGUAAAAACAUUAAAGCAACCAUAUCUUAGGUUUAAAACAUUCUGUAUUUUCAUUCAGUUCGCUGCAGUUACGUUGUGCGGACACGGAGUACGUGAGAAUUUUAAUAUAAAUUAAAGUUUUCAUGUAUUUAUUAGUUGCUCACUGCCCAAAUUCGUUUGUGGGCAGAACAGAUGCAUAAGGACCCGGUUGCUGUCUUUCUUUCGCGGGUUUAUGAAACUACUUUUUUUCUUCAUCUUUAAUUUAUCAAUAAAAAAAUUAAUUUAUUUAAAAAAAAGUUAUUAAUCGACGCGGUGUUCGCGAAGUUCACUAGUUUAUAAAUUGUGACAUCAAAACAUCAACCAUGGAGAUGGAUUCAGAUAGAUCGGAUCCCUUUAUGAAAUAUUUGGCUGUUGAUCGAAAUAAGCUUAACGAUCAGCCCACUCAAGCAGAAUGGACCCAAAAACGGUUAGUUUGGGUGCCCCACGAAAAUCAAGGCUUUGUGGCUGCUGGUAUUAAAGGAGAACGAGGAGAUGAAGUAGAAGUUGAAAUAACAGAGACUGGCAAGCGAAUACUGGUUGAUAAAGAUGUCAUACAAAAAAUGAAUCCACCCAAAUUUGACAAAAGUGAAGAUAUGGCGGAGUUAACUUGCCUAAAUGAAGCUUGUGUACUUCACAAUAUUAAAGACCGAUAUUACUCUGGAUUAAUUUAUACUUACUCUGGUCUAUUUUGUGUCGUUGUGAAUCCAUACAAGAGAUUACCAAUUUACACAGAAAAUAUCAUGGAACGAUAUAAAGGCAACAAACGUCAUGAGGUACCACCUCAUGUUUUUGCCGUUACAGACACUGCUUACCGGUCAAUGUUACAAGAUCGAGAAGACCAAUCUAUAUUGUGUACGGGAGAGUCAGGUGCUGGUAAGACCGAAAAUACCAAAAAAGUAAUUCAGUACUUGGCAUAUGUAGCUGCUUCUAAGCCGAAAGGAAUGAUUCAACAUGCCUCACCUGGACCAGCAUUGGUUGUUGGAGAAUUAGAGCAGCAAUUGUUACAAGCUAAUCCUAUAUUAGAAGCUUUUGGAAAUGCCAAAACUGUUAAAAAUGAUAAUUCCUCUAGAUUUGGUAAAUUUAUUCGUAUUAAUUUUGAUGCAUCUGGUUUUAUUGCUGGUGCUAAUAUUGAAACAUACUUAUUGGAAAAAUCAAGAGCCAUACGGCAAGCUAAAGAUGAACGUACAUUUCAUAUUUUUUACCAGUUACUUUGUGGUGCAUCAUCUGAACAAAAAAAGGAAUUUAUCCUUGAAGAUCCUAAGACUUAUAGUUUUCUUACAAAUGGUAACUUACCUGUUCCUGGUGUUGAUGAUGCUGCUGAAUUUAAAGAAACUGUCAAUGCAAUGAAUAUAAUGGGAAUGAACACUGAUGAUUAUUCAGCUAUUUUUCGAAUUGUUAGUGCUGUCAUGUUAUUUGGAAAUAUGCAGUUUAAACAAGAGCGUAAUAGUGAUCAAGCUACAUUACCUGAUAACACUGUAGCACAAAAAGUAGCUCAUUUAUUAGGUCUUUCUAUUACUGAAAUGACAAAGGCUUUCCUUAGACCUCGUAUUAAAGUUGGCAGAGACUAUGUAUUUAAAGCUCAAACUAAAGAACAAGUCGAAUUUGCUGUUGAAGCUAUUUCCAAAGCCUGCUAUGAGCGUAUGUUCCGUUGGCUUGUUAACCGUAUAAAUCGAUCUUUAGAUAGAUCUAAAAGACAAGGUGCUUCAUUCAUUGGCAUAUUGGAUAUGGCUGGAUUUGAAAUAUUUGAAUUAAAUUCAUUUGAACAAUUAUGUAUCAACUACACAAACGAAAAAUUGCAACAACUUUUCAACCAUACCAUGUUUAUUUUGGAACAAGAAGAAUAUCAAAGAGAAGGUAUUGAGUGGAAAUUUAUUGAUUUUGGACUAGAUCUUCAACCAACUAUUGAUUUAAUAGACAAACCAAUGGGUGUUAUGGCUCUACUGGACGAAGAAUGUUGGUUUCCAAAAGCUACUGAUAAAUCUUUUGUUGAAAAAUUGAUAUCUGCUCAAGGUGUUCACCCUAAAUUUUUGAAAACUGAUUUUAGAGGUGUUGCUGACUUUUCAAUUAUUCACUAUGCUGGAAAAGUUGAUUAUUCUGCACGCAAGUGGUUGAUGAAAAAUAUGGAUCCAUUGAAUGAAAACAUUGUACAGCUUCUUCAAUCUUCCCAAGAUCCAUUUGUUGCCCAUAUUUGGAAAGAUGCCGAGAUAGUUGGCAUUGCUCAUCAAGCACUUAGUGAUACACAGUUUGGGGCACGUACUCGAAAAGGAAUGUUUCGUACAGUGUCACAAUUAUAUAAAGAACAGUUGAACAAACUAAUGAUUACUUUGAGAAACACUAAUCCUAAUUUUGUGAGGUGUAUUAUUCCAAAUCAUGAGAAGCGAGCUGGUAAAAUUGAUGCUCAGUUAGUUUUAGAUCAAUUACGUUGUAAUGGAGUGUUAGAAGGUAUAAGGAUUUGUAGACAAGGUUUCCCUAACCGAAUUCCUUUUCAAGAGUUUAGACAACGUUAUGAGUUACUGACUUCAAAUGCCAUACCCAAAGGCUUUAUGGAUGGCAAAAAAGCUUGUGAAAAAAUGAUAAAUGCUCUUGAACUUGAUUCAAACUUAUAUCGAGUUGGUCAAUCAAAGAUUUUCUUUAGAGCUGGUGUUCUUGCUCAUUUAGAAGAAGAGCGUGACUUCAAAAUUUCUGAUCUUAUUGUUAAUUUCCAAGCGUUUUGUAGAGGCUAUCUAGCACGAAGAAAUUAUCAAAAGCGCUUGCAACAGCUUAAUGCUAUUCGUAUUAUUCAGCGUAACUGCUCAGCAUAUUUAAAAUUGAGAAAUUGGCAAUGGUGGAGAUUAUAUACGAAAGUAAAGCCAUUGCUAGAAGUUACUAAACAAGAGGAAGUAUUGUCUAUUAAGGAAGAAGAACUUAAAGUGGUUAAAGAAAAAUUAGAAUCUCAACAACGAGGAGUUAUUGAACUUGAGAAAAAAUAUCAAACAGCUAUUGAUGAGAAGAAUGCAUUAGCUGAACAACUUCAAGCUGAAGUAGAGUUGUGUGCUGAAGCUGAAGAAAUGAGAGCUAGACUUGCUGCUAGAAAAUUGGAGUUGGAAGAAAUAUUACAUGAUUUAGAAGCUAGAAUAGAAGAAGAAGAAGAAAGGUCUAGUUUACUAGGACAAGAGAAAAAAAAAUUGCAACUCAAUAUUAAUGAUCUCGAAGAACAGUUAGAAGAAGAAGAAGCUGCUCGACAAAAGCUACAACUGGAACGUGUACAAACUGAUGCUAAGUUAAAAAAACUUGAAGAAGAUUUAGCAUUAGCUGAAGAUACUAAUGUAAAAUUAGCUAAAGAAAAAAAAGUAUUGGAAGAAAGAGCCGCAGAUUUAGCUCAAACUUUGGCAGAAGAAGAAGAAAAAGCUAAACAUUUGACAAAACUCAAAACUAAGCAUGAAACAACCAUUGCUGAACUUGAAGAACGCUUGUUGAAAGAUAACCAACAACGUCAAGAAAUGGAUCGAACAAAGAGAAAAGUUGAAACAGAGGUAAAUGACUUAAAAGAACAAUUAAAUGAAAAGAAAGCUCAAGUUGAAGACCUACAAUUACAACUUGGAAAACGAGAAGAAGAAUUAACACAAGCCUUUAUGAGAAUAGAUGAAGAAGCUGCUAGUAAAGCUCAAUCCCAAAAGUCUCUAAGAGAACUAGAAUCUCAACUUGGCGAGCUUCAAGAAGAUCUUGAAGCAGAACGUACUGCUAGAAGUAAAGCUGAAAAACAAAAACGUGAUCUAAAUGAAGAGCUUGAAGCUUUGAAACAUGAACUCUUAGAUUCAUUAGAUAUAACUGCUGCUCAACAUGAACUUAGAGCUAAACGAGAACAAGAACUAGCUACAUUGAAAAAAUCUUUAGAGGAAGAUACUCAGUCACAUGAAAUUAUCAUUACUGAAAUGAGGCACAAACACAGUCAAGAAAUAUCAGUUAUCAAUGAGCAGAUAGAAUCUUUAAAAAAAGCUAAAAGUCAAUUGGAAAAAUCCAAGCAAACCCUUGAAGCAGAAAAUGCUGAUCUAGCUGCUGAACUUAAAACUUCUGCAUCCUCAAAAUCUGAACUAGAAAGGAAACGGAAAAUUGUUGAAACUCAACUCAGUGAAACACAGAGUAAACUUGUAGAGUCUGAAAGAUCAAAGAAUGAAUUUCUUGAUAGAUUAUCAAAACUUAGUAAUGAAUCUGAAUCUAUAGUUAAUCAAUUAGAAGCUGCAGAACUCAAAGCGUCAGCUGCAGAAAAAGCUGCUGGUACUAUGGAAACACAACUACAGGAAACUCAAGCACUUCUUGAGGAGGAAACUAAAUUAAAACUUUCAUUGAAUUCUAAACUUAAACAAAUUGAAAGUGAAAAAGAAGCCUUACAAGAACAAUUAGAAGAAGAAGAAGAAUCUAAAAAAACUAUGGAGAAACAGAUAGUAGCUCUUAACUUACAAAUAUCUGAAAGUCGUAAAAGAAUGGAAGACGAAGCUGAGCAAAUGGCUGCCAUGGAAGCUUCAUACAAAAAAUCUAUCAAGGACACAGAAUUGUUGCAACGUCAAAUUGAAGAGCUGCAAGCCAACAAUGAUAAAUUAGACAGAUCAAAAAAGAAAUUACAAUCUGAAUUAGAUGACAUUAAUAUUGAUCUUGAAGCUCAGCGAUCUAAAGUGAUUGAAUUGGAAAAAAAACAAAGAAUAUUUGAUAAAACUCUUGCUGAGGAAAAGGCAGUGUCAGAGCAAAUGGUUAUUGAACGUGAUGCUGCUGAACGUGAAGCUCGUGAAAAAGAAACUCGUGUACUAUCACUUACAAGAGAAUUAGAUGAGUUAAUGGUAAAAGUAGAAGAACUUGAAAGAGGCAAGCGAACUUUACAAAAUGAAUUAGAUGAACUUAUAAAUAAUCAAGGAACUGCUGAUAAAAAUGUACAUGAAUUAGAAAAAGCUAAGAGGAUAUUGGAAUCUCAAUUAGCCGAGAUACGCAUUCAAAAUGAAGAUUUAGAAGAUGAGCUCCAAAUAACUGAAGAUGCUAAGCUAAGACUAGAAGUAAACAUGCAAGCAUUGAGAGCUCAAUUUGAAAGAGAUCUUGCGGCCAAAGAAGAACAAAGUGAAGAAAAACGUAGAGGUCUUCUUAAACAAAUUCGUGAUAUCGAAGCUGAGUUAGAAGACGAACGCAAACAAAGAGCUUCUGCAGUUGCAGGUCGUAAAAAAAUUGAAGCUGACUAUAAAGAUUUGGAACAGCAAUUGGAUAUGCACAAUAAACUUAAAGAAGAUGCUCUUAAACAGUUAAAAAAAUUGCAAGUCCAAUUAAAAGAUGCUACACGCGAUGCUGAAGAAGCUCGAGCAUCUCGUGAUGAAUUAUCAGCUACAACUAAAGAAACUGAACGUAAAUUAAAAUCUGUUGAAGCUGAAUUACUUUUAUUAACUGAAGAACUAUCUGCUUCUGAAAGAGCAAGACGUGUGGCUGAAAGUGAACGUGAUGAUUUAAUGGAAGAAAUGAAUAGCAACUCGAACAAAGGUACAUUGAUGGUUGAUGAAAAACGUCGUUUAGAAGCUAGAAUUUCUGCAUUAGAAGAAGAAUUAGAAGAAGAGCAAACUAACUCUGAAGCAUUAAAUGAGCGUAGUAGGAAAGCUAUGAUCCAAAUUGAACAACUAAAUUCUGAUUUAGCUAAUGAACGUACCUCAAGUCAAAAAUUGGAAACAACUAGAAUGUUAUUGGAAAGACAAAACAAAGAGUUAAAAACUAAAUUAACUGAAAUAGAAACUAAUCAGCGUGUUAAAACUAAAGCAGCAAUUUCUAAUUUGGAAUCCAAAGUUGUCAAUCUUGAAGAACAGUUAGAAUCUGAAGCCAAGGAACGUCAGUUACAACAAAAAGCUAACCGUAAACUUGAAAAGAAAAUGAAAGAAAUUGUUAUGCAACUAGAAGAUGAAAGAAGAACCGUUGACCAAUAUAAAGAACAAGUAGAAAAGAGUAAUACCAGAGUAAAGGCUCUGAAAAGGCAAAUUGAAGAAGCUGAAGAAGAAAUAAGUAGAGAAAAGCAUGCCAAACGUAAGAUUCAAAGAGAUUUGGAUGAGUUAUUAGAAUCAAAUGAAUCCAUUUCUCGAGAAAAUAAUAAUCUAAGAAGUAAACUCAGACGUACUGGUGUGACCACUUCUCGAAUAGGUACAUCAGGCAGUAAAAGAGGGUCAACAAUUGAUGAUUUGUCAACCGUACAUGGCAGCUCAUUAGAUGAUUCAUUAGAAUCAAAUAAUGGAUCUAAUGAUACAAAUUCUUUAGGUACAGAAGAUAUGUGGUCUCGAUAAAUUUCAUUCCAUCACAAUUAAAAUGGUCCAUGAAGAACAAGCAGUUUCCUGAGUGAUACAUAGCUCAAACAAAUACCGAAUUUUUUUUAUAAAUUUUUAAUUAUUAUUACUUUUUUUAACUUAAAACUAUUUUUGGUUAUCUAAAAAUAAUUCGUACUUAAUUAAAAAAAAAAUAGUAAUUUUUAACUAAAAAUUUUAAUGAUCACCAACUAUGUGACUUUAAAUUAAAAAAUAUAAACAUUUUACGUCAACUUUUAAAUGUUAAAUGUAUGAUGAAAGAUUAUCUUUGUAAACUUUGAUGUAGUUCAGUUAUUUAUUAUUAU